AUGGCGUCCGUCCCGGGAUAUUCUGCCACAGGCAGAACCAGAUCGCUAGAUGACACCACAUCCGCGAAUUCUGAUGAAAACAUCAUCCCCCAAGAAAGCGUCCCACCUCAGGAUGAGCCGAUGGGGGACACUGAAACCGUUUUCUUGAAUAAGAACGUAUCAACCCCGAGCCACGGAUCGGAUAUUUCCAGCAAAUCACUCAGUCCAUCAUCGAAACCCUCCCAUAUCUCGGAUGAAGACGAGCCGCGCAAGUGCUGGAUUUGCUAUACAGAUGAAACGGAGGACUCGCCACUGAAUCUGGAAUGGCGGUCGCCUUGCCCUUGUGCCUUAACAGCCCACGAGGCAUGUCUGCUUGACUGGCUUGCCGACAUGGAAAAUCCCCGGUCGCGCAAACGCAACGGUGGCGGCGUAACAAUGAUGUGCCCUCAGUGCAAGACAGAAAUCGUGGUCACCCGCCCGCGGAGCUAUGUGGUUGAUAUACUACGACUACUUGAGCGCGUAGCAGGCCGACUAGUUCUCCCCGGCAUGAUGUUCACAGUGGCUGGCACUGUAUGGGCCGGGUGCUGCGCGCAUGGAGUGUAUUCAAUGUACCUCGUUUUCGGAACCGAGGAAGCCAAACAGAUCAUGGAGGAGACUAUAGAAGGCCCAUGGAAUCCCGGGAUGAAUAUCGGGUUGCCGCUUAUCCCGCUCGUCUUAAUAUUCUCACGCACUCGGUAUGCCGAAGGCCUUCUUCCCGCCAUUCCGGUUCUUUUCUUCGCUGCACAUAACCCGGGCCAGGAACCCGACUUCGACUUGUGGCCACCAACACCGGCUAUGACGUUUGCCGCGCUGCCAUACGUCAAAAGCUUUUACGGAGCGCUUUACGAACGGUUAUUCGGUGGCCUGGAACGGAAAUGGAUUGCCGAGGUACAACCCCGCACUGCGGAAGAAGUCUUGGAUGAUGCGCAACAGCAAGAUCAGGCAGAGGGUCUCAACCGGUUCGGUGAUAAUGGGAACGGACAGAUCUUGAUGGAGAUCGACCUUGAGCUGCAAAUGGGAAUGGGCGAUGGAGACGAGCCGGAGCUUGAUGCCCUUCCCGCCGGGCAGGGCGAAGAUGCCGAUGGCGGCCCUAACGGAGUACAAGAUGCUGGGCAAAACAAUAACCCACUAGGACUUGGGCGACGACAGAACGAGAUCAUUGCCGACACCAGCAAUCUCGCUGAUGUCGUACUCGGAGCACUCGUCUUCCCAGCAGUCUCAGCGACGAUGGGUGGCCUGUUGAAGUACCUUCUGCCUAAGUCAUGGACAUCCUCGGUCAUGGACCGUGGCCGCUUGGGGCUACUUCAGACCCGCUGGGGUCGUAGUGUUGUUGGCGGGUGCAUGUUUGUUCUAUUGAAGGAUGCGCUGGUCCUGUAUUGCCGGUGGAAGCUGGCCCAAACACACCGUCGCCGCAAGGUCUUGAACUACGAUCGAGCUAAGAAACACCAUGCCGCAAAGCGGUCCACUGGAUAG